AAACAGCGGAUCUCUUCCUGUGUGGCCGCUGAUUGGCUGUGUGCGUGAAGACGUGGGCGGAGCCGCAGUGACGAACGGGUCAUGCUGUGGCUGCUGGAGGUGGAGCUUCCGCCCGGUCCACUACGGUCAUUAGAAGAACAUGCUUUUUAACUCCAACAUAAUGAUAUGGAAAACAAACCCAGCAGUGCGAACAGCGUGGAGGUCAUUAACGCAGAGGCUUAAUUCUGCUGCUGCUGGUUUGUGUUCUGGCCCAUUUUCUUGGGAUGGGUCUGAUGGACUGUCUUCCGUUUCUGCUGAGAAGCCUCCUCACACGCCUGUCAUGCUUAGAGAGGUGCUUCAUUACUUAGACAUCCAACAAGCUCAGGUGGUCCUGGACAUGACAUUUGGAGGUGGUGGUCAUACCAAAGCAAUACUUAACACGGUUCCCAAAGUCACGGUCCUGGCCUUAGACCGAGACCCCACAGCAAUUUCUCUGGCCCAGCAGCUAGCCAAGGAGCACUCUGGUCGUGUGAAACCGCUGCUCGGCCGGUUCAGUGAGCUCGAAACAUUGCUGUCUAACAUGAACAUUAAGCCAGGCAGCAUUGAUGCUGUCCUGUUGGAUGCAGGCUGUUCCUCCAUGCAGAUGGAUCAGGCAGAGAGAGGCUUCUCCUUGAGCAAGGACGGGCCCUUGGAUAUGAGAAUGGAUGGAGAGAGGUACCCUGACAUGCCCUGCGCUGCUGACGUUGUGAAUACCUUAGAUCAACAGGCUCUUGCAUCCAUCCUCACUGCAUAUGGGGAAGAAAGACACUCUAGGAAAAUAGCUUCAGCCAUUGUGGAGGCGCGUCGUGUCAACCCCAUCACCCGGACACAGCAGCUGGCCAGUGUGGUUGCAGGAGCAUUUCCUGCUGCCAUAAUCUACGCACGUAAAGACCGUCUUCACCGUCCUGCACACGUUGCAACUAAGACGUUCCAGGCCCUGCGCAUCUUUGUGAACGAUGAGCUCAAUGAACUGCAUGCCGGGCUGUGCGCAGCCCAGUCGGCGCUGAAGCCUGGAGGACGACUAUGCGUGAUUACGUUUCAUUCGUUGGAGGACAGACUGGUCAAACAUUUCCUGCAGGGACAUGACUUAUCUAAUUUGGAUCAAUACCACUUUAGCCAAAACAAGCGAGGUAGCAGGAAGGAGAAACUGGUGGACGAGAAAAGAGAAUGUAAUAAAAGUGCUCACUGGUUUCCUGUACAAAGAAAAGUUGUCACCCCAGAAAAAGACGAUGUAAGAGAGAAUCCUCGUGGACGCUCUGCAAAACUCCGGAUAGCUCUACGGCGGUAAUUUGGUUUUAUAAGGAAAACAUCUUUCUUUUUUACAAUGAACACAAUACUGCACAAAUAUCUGAGUUUGUUGCCCAGUGAAGCAAUGAGGUGAAUUGUUUUUGAACUGAAAUGUGUUACAGCUUUUGGACCUUUUGGCAAAAGAAAGAAAGGUGCCCUAACCCAGUUUGUACUCACAUUAAGGGAGAGCUCAUGCCACAUGUUUGUAACCUUGGUACAGUUUUUAAUAAAAUGAAUAAAAACCAAAAUCCCAUCA